UCGAACUGCCACUCAACCUUGCCUGCGCGUACUGCGAUUUUCUGUGAGUCAUGACGUCUGUGCAGUGCUGCGAUAUGGCGCUAUCUGCUCACAUAGGGGAGAUGGAGGAGUGGGAGAUACCCAACGUUCCCUUUGAUAGUGCAGCACGGCCUGGAUAAUAUGGGCCACCACGAGGGACGGUCUGCGCCGCUGGACACGAAGGGCUCGACUGGCGUUUUGCCUGUUUAUUCUGGCCACGCUCCUUCGAACGCCAGGCUCUCAUGGAGCAAGGGGUCUCUCAAGUUUAUCGCGGCCCUGACUCUGCUGUUCCUGUUCCCCCGCCAGUUUGCGAGCACUUACUCUAGAUGGAACCGGUUUGGCUCUGUGUCUACGACCGGCUUUGCAGUGGACUGGAAGUCCUGCGGCGACAACUUCGAAUGCGCGAAUAUAUCUCUUCCCCUGGACUAUCACAAUGAAAGCGAUCCGCGGAGGGUGAGCAUUGCCGUGACCAAGUAUCUGGCGACGAAUACGAGUCACAGGGAGGGUGCAGUGUUCAUUAACCCUGGAGGUCCGGGUGGCUCCGGGACUAACAUGGCGUUCACCAGAGGGCCAACGAUGUCCGAUGUCCUUCAAGGACGCUACGACAUCAUCGGCUUCGACCCACGAGGGAUUAAUCUCACGCGCCCGUAUGUCUCCUGUUUCGAGUCCAAGCUGGACGAGGACGUGUUUGCCUCAGCGGUGCACACCUUCCACCUCAACCUCCCGGUGAAUGUGACCGAGAGCGUGCGGGCGGAUUUGGAGGGGCAGGUGGCAGAGGCCGCGGCGGCUAUGGAGGCGUUGAGUAAGCAUUGCGCGGAGAGAGUCGGGGAUGCGAUGGCGUAUAUGGGCACCGAGUUCGUCGUGAGGGAUAUCGACGCCAUGUCGAGGAUUAUCGAGGGAGAGGAUAAGCGUGUCAACUACUGGGGCUUUUCGUACGGGACCAUCCUCGGGCAAUACCUGAUCAAGAUCCUCCCUCCCUCUCGUCUGGGAAAGAUCAUGAUCGACGGUGUAGUCAACCCUGAAGUCUGGGUUGGCUAUUCACCACGGUCCUUCGAAGGUUACUUCAACGAUAUCGACAACGUGCUCUACUCCUUCGCAGAGUCGUGUGUCUCCUCCGGGUCAGCAUGCGCGCUCUCCGCUAUGUCGCCUUCGGAGAUCGUAUCGAAACUCGACGAAACGAUCGAGUCGCUGUAUUACAAUCCCCAGCCGAUUACCGACCUCCCUGCACCUGCCGUAGCCACCGCCAGGAACAUCCGCCAGCUGGUCUUCUCCGCCAUGUACAGGAUCAAGGAUUGGCCUGAUCUAGCUGUGCACCUUGAUAACGCGUUCAAGGGGAACUACUCGGGCGUGGUGAACGCCAGCAUGGUGCAUAUCGACCCGGAGGGCGCGAGCAAGCUCGACUAUUCGUCGUACUCGGGGAAUACAAUCAGGUGCACGGAUGCGAAACCCUACCCGUCCUCGAAGGACUUCCCGAGUAACUCCGACAUCGCCGAGUAUGUGGUGGAGUCGAUGAAGACGUACUCGGGACGGAUGGGGGAUAUGUUCUUCCCCUGGUCGUUCUGCCACCUUUGGGAGGGCAUCUACCCGCGGCGCAGCCGAUAUGAGGGAACUUUUGAGAUGGAGGACGGGACGCUGGAUACGCCUAUUCUGGUGCUCUCGAAUACUUACGACCCGGUGACGCCCCUUUCAAACGCUAUUCUCGCAAAGGAACGCCUAGGAGACAACGCGAGGCUGAUUCAGCAGGUGGAUGGGUGGGGGCACUGCACCAUUGCCCAGAAGUCAUACUGCACUGGGGAAAUUAUCAGCAGGUACAUGCUCGAUGGCGAGGUGCCCAAGGAGAACCAUACUCUGUGCAAUGUGGUGGAGAAACCGUUCGUGCCGGCAGAGGAAGCGCCGGGAGACGAUGGAGAGAAGGCCUGGGCCAGGCUUGUUGAUGAGUGGCAAUUCGAAUAAUGUUGUAUUCCGUAACCUGCAGGCUGAUAGACAAUAGUUCUCGAAGAAUAAUGCCCCUAGUG